UUUGAAAACGUUAGUCAACGACCAACUUCUGAGGAGAGUGGGUGUAGCUGCUGAUCACCUGGUUUUUCUUUACCAUUGAAGCUUGGAGUCAGAAUGGCUUCCAGCACACUUCCUAGAAGCAAGUUACACCAAGAGAUUCAGAAAAUGUGUGAAGGUUUGAAAAAAAUCUUCAAAGCUCUCAUUCAGUAUGCAGUGGAACAAGCUUCUUCCGAGGGAGAACAUACACAUCUAAAUGAAGUACACACAUGUUUUCUUGAAGUGCUUCCAUUAAUACUCAAUGAUUUUGAAGCUGAAAGCAUGGCAGACAUGAUGUGUCAGAAAUAUGGAAACCAAGAGUUGCCCGUAAAUCAAGAGAAAAUGGAAUGGGCUAUUAGUUUCAUGUACGAAAUGAGGCAAGAAAUUGAGAGGUUAUUAGACAAGUUUAUUCUGUAUGAUCACCUCAGAUCUCAAGAGAAAAUGCUUCUAGAAGAUAGUAAAAAUGUUCAAGAUCCAAAAAGUCCUCCAGCAUAUUCAGAAACAGACCAAAAAGCUCAUCAAGCAUCUUCAGAAACAGAUCCAAAAUGUCCUCAGACAUCUUCAGGAACAGAGUCAAAAAUAGACUUGCUUGAAGACUUUGUUCGAGUUCUGAAAGUAAUCAUCCAGUAUCUAGUGGAUUUAUGUACUUCCUAUGAGCGAGAGGCACAUGUUACUGAAACACUCCUUUCACUUGUCCGUGAUAUUAAAGCAAAAAGGAUAACAAAACAAGUGGCCUCGCAGAGUUGUGGAAGCCAAGAAUUGCCUGUGAAUACAGAAAAGACAGAAGGGGGUAUCAGCAUCAUGUAAGUAUAGAUUUUAUUU